AUGUAUCAUGAGUCUGAAGAACUAGAAAUCGUCUUCUCGUGCUCUUCAUUUUCUUCAACAGAUCUGCAGAUUAGCGCCGUAAUAGAGAUUUUGAUGGCUCAGCCUAAUUCUAAGGAACCCAAUUGUCAGUAUUAUAAAGUGAAUCUCACUAGAGUGCCACCACUUACUCUAUCCUUUCCGAGGAAAAAUGUCUGGCAAGGUAGCAAUGGUCUUCUCCCAUGUAAAGGACAUCAACGUUCUAGCAGUGAUGUUCCAUUAGGAUUUUUGACUAUGAUUAAGUCUUCACCUCUGUUGGUGCCCAUAAAUGGUCAGGUAGUAUUGGGAAAAACGAUGCUUAUAAGAGAGAAUCUCGGAAAGAUAGGUGUUAGGAAAUCAGAGGGGAAAGUAGGAGAUGAUUUGUUUAAUUCAUGGAUGAAGUUUGAUAGUGUAGAUUCAUCGAACUCAUCUUGCAUUGAGGAUAAAGACAAGGACAUUGUCGAUUGUGGCACAAGGAUGAGUGGUGGUGACAACAACAGUAUUGAAUCAGAAUCUAUCUCAAGGCAUGGGUUGAGUACAAGGGAAGAUUUCAAAAGGAGCAUGGUCGGGAUAUUGCGCCUCCAGCCAGACGCUACAGGUGUCUUUCGAUGGAUAGUGCUUUUAGAAAUUUGAAGUUUGGUGAUAGUUGCCAAAUUUUUGGAAAAUCUAGGGGGCUGGCUACCUCGAACCAAUUCAAUGACUGAAGGAUAUGGUAAACUCAACUUGGAGUUUGGGCAUGGUCAAUUUAGUGAAGUAUGAGGGUUUAGUUUGAUUUUUUAUUUUAUUUAUUUAUUUAUUUAUUUUUUGGGUCUUCUUUCAAAUUCAAAAUUCAUGAAUCUAUGGUUGAUAUGUUCUUUUUUGUUUUCAAAGAAGUUAGUUUUACCGGUUCAAUUUGACGUUUGUUAGUUGAUUUUUGUGAGGUAUAAAUAUAUCUGGCUCUAGGAUUUAACUUCUUUUCAUUCUCUACCGGUAGCAGGUAUGAAUGUACUUAUUUUUCUUCUUACUGAAUAAGUUACUUAAUUAUGUUGAAUUUACUUAUUUACUUUUCUUAAAACAUAAAUCGUAGCACUGUAUUUUCUCAAAAUUUUCAUUUGGAAAUUUUCAAAGUCAUGUUUCCUUCCUUAGGGUUUUUUUUUUUUCUUUUUUCUCUGUCUUAUUUCAAAUUUAAAACUAUUGAAUGUAUAGUCGAUAUCUUUUUUUUAAUUUUUGUCUAAUUUAGAUUUAUUACUUAAAUCUCUCAUUUGUUCAUUGAUGUUCUACGUGGUGUAAACUAUAUCUGUCAUUGGGGUUUUUGUUCAUUCUGUUGUCUAUUGGUAGCAGGUAUUUUGUGCUCCUCUUAGCUCACACUAUUUUUAAUGUCGAUUUUAUAUAUUUGGGAAUUUUCGUAGAAAUUGUUUUUCCUUUUGCUCAUAUUACCAUUUCAAUAGUGCCUUCGAAUGUAAUUAUUUAGUUUUUAGCUUUUGUUUAGUUUAACAUUACUGAUGAACCUUCAUUGACAAAACAAUGUGAAAUUUAUAGUAUUAUGAAAGUAAAGCAAACUAUUGAUGGUCUUCU